UUUUACAAUUUUUAGAGGAUGUGGGAUCAAAGAUGAAAAGAAGAACUUAAAGAACAUACAAAACACGGGAGACAAAAUGAGAAUGCCAGAGGACGGUCCUCCUACAAAGAAGUUUAAGUACACACUGUCACAUCACAAUAAUGGUAACAAUGGUUAUGUGCCAGAAAAAAUUCUGCAGGAGAAGAGGAACCUCCCAAUAUUUCCUGCCCGGGGGAAGAUAAUUAACCAAAUACAGAGACUAGACACAGCUAUACUGAUAGGGGAAACAGGAAGUGGUAAAACCACACAAAUACCACAGUAUCUUUUGGAGGCCAAUGUCAACAAAAAUGCCAUUAUUGCUGUAACACAGCCUAGAAGAGUGGCAGCCAUUACAAUAUCACAGAGAGUUGCCGAGGAACAGGGGACAGAACUGGGACAAAAGGUUGGGUACUGUGUGAGGUUUGAAGAUGUCACAUCAGAGAAUACUAAAAUCAAAUACAUGACCGACGGAAUGUUACUAAGGGAGGCAAUCCUGGAUCCACUUAUGAAGAGGUACUCCAUUGUGAUUUUGGAUGAGGCUCAUGAAAGGACGAUCCACACAGAUGUCUUGUUUGGAGUGGUGAAGCAAGCCCAGGCCAGGAGGAAAGUUAGAGGGAUCAGGCCACUCAAGAUACUUGUCAUGUCUGCCACAAUGGACGUGGAUCAUUUCUCGGCAUACUUCAAUGCUGCCCCGGUGUUGUAUCUAGAGGGAAGGCAGUACCCAGUACAGGUGUACUAUGUGUCUCAAUAUACAUUUUCUUCCAUUGUUACAUUGUUCCAAAUCCACAGAGCAGAACCUCCAAAUAACGAUAUAUUGAUGUUUCUGACUGGACAAGAGGAGAUAGAGUCUGCUGUGAGAACUAUAAGGGACAUAACUCGUACAGCAGAAGAGAACAUGGCACCACUGGUUGUCUGCCCUUUAUAUGCAGCUCUGCCUUCUCAUGCCCAGCUGAAGGUCUUCAAACCUACACCCAAGGGAUGUAGAAAGGUGAUAGUAGCCACCAACAUAGCUGAGACCUCAGUCACCAUACAGGGAAUCAAGUUUGUGGUGGAUUCUGGGGUUGUCAAGGCAAAAGUAUUCAACCCAAACAGUGGCCUUGACCUUUUGAAGGUCGUUAAGGUUUCUAAGGCCCAGGCGCUACAGAGGACUGGGCGGGCGGGGCGGGAAUCAGCUGGGUCCUGUUAUAGACUCUACACAGAGCAGGAGUUCACACAGUUCAGUGACAACACAAUCCCAGAAAUCCAAAGGUGUAACCUGUCCAGUGUUGUCCUGCAGCUCCUGGCUCUUGGAAUCUCAGACAUCGUUAACUUUGACUUCAUGGACAAACCCUCAGCAGAGUCCAUCAUUGCUGCGGUUCAUCAACUACACAAUCUAGGGGCAGUUAUCAAAGAAAACACAAUAAAGCUAACCCCAGUAGGGAGACAAAUGGCAGCUUUUCCUCUGGAACCAAGACUCGGGAAAACUCUGCUGAUCGCUAAGGAGAAUAACUGUCUAGAGGAGAUUCUGACCAUUGUGUCUCUGCUGUCAGUGGACUCUGUCCUGGUUACACCUCAAAGCAAGAGGGAGGAGGCCCUGGCAGCCAGACAGAAGUUUGUGUCAAGUGAAGGGGAUCAUGUGAUGCUGCUCAACAUAUAUAAGGCCUACAAGGCAGUCAAAGGCAAUAAGGACUGGUGUAUGGAAAAUUUCAUCAACCAGAGAAACAUGAAGACAGCAACAGAGGUCAGAAAACAGCUGUAUGAUAUCUGUGAGAGAAUGGAAUUCCCCAUCAAAUCCUGUAAAAAUGACACCACUAUCAUCAGAAAAUGUCUGGCUCAUGGUUUCUUUAUGAAUGCUGCUGAAUUGCAAAAAGAUGGAUCUGAAUAUACAUCAUUAUCCUCCAGGAAGACUGUAUCCAUUCAUCCGUCCUCAGUAUUGUUCAGAUGUAAACCUGCUUAUGUCAUUUAUAAUGAACUAGUCCAGACAACCAAGUGUUAUAUGAGAGAUCUGUGUGUGGUGGACCCUGAUUGGUUAUACGAGGCAGCUCCUGUGUACUUCAAAAAGAAGAAACCAGGCACUUGAUUACGUUAUUGUUCAGAAUAAUAAAAUGUUUUAUUAUUA